UGACCUGCUGGCACUUGAACGCAGCGCGGCGUGGUCACGUGGUGUGGAGUCACAUGACCCGACAGGAACAGAGAGAGGAAGAGAGGAAGAGAGGACGGACGACGUCAUGGCUGCGACACGGCACGAGCGCUGCUCAGAACGAGAAGGUCUGUCCAGCUCAGGGACUCACUACGGCUCCACAGAGAGCAGCGGGGAGCACGACCACCUGAGUAACAACCAUGGCAACAACCACAGCCACCACCUGUUUCCCACGGCGACGGCAGGUCACUGGGUCGGGGCCGAUCGGGAAGAGGAGGCCAUUCGCAGGAAGCUGAAAUACUUCUUCAUGAGCCCUUGUGAUAAAUAUUACGCCAAAGGUCGCAAGCCUUACAAGCUGAUCCUGCAGCUGCUCAAGAUCGUUAUUGUCACGGCUCAGUUGGUGCUGUUUGGACUCAGUAACCAGGUGGUGGUGACCUUCAAGGAGGAGAACACUGUGACCUUCAAGCACCUCUUCCUCAAAGACUACGACGAGUCGUCAGACGACUCCUUUGCCGUUUACACACAGAACGACGUCUACGACCACAUCUUCUACGCCGUGGAGCAGUACCUGGCCUUACCAGAGACCACGGUGGGACGCUAUGCAUACGUCUACCACGAGAACGGCAGCGCGCUCUCCCUCUGCCAGCAGUACUACAAGAAAGGAAGCAUCGACCCAGCCAAUGACACCUUCAGCAUAGACCCUCACAUCAUCACAGAAUGUGUAGGUGUGGACCCGCCGGCGAUCCCUCAUCCUCCGCUCACCAGCAGCUACAGGAACUUCACCCUCAAGUUCCACAAGCUCAUAAACGUCACCAUUGAGUUCCAGCUGAAGGCGAUCAAUAUACAGACUAUCAUCAACAAUGAGAUCCCAGACUGCUACACGUUCCACAUAAAGAUGGUCCUGGACAACAAGGCUCACAGCGGCAAAGUGAAGAUCUGGUUAGAAAACCAGGCGUCAAUAAAGGAGUGUAAAGACCCGAGCGUCUCUGGACACGCUGAGAACUACACGCGUUUGGCGUUCGAUGUCGCCGUGGCUCUGGUGUGCAUGCUGUCACUGCUGCUGUGUGGACGCUCCAUACUGCGAGGCUUCAUGCUGCAACUGGAGUUUGUGCAGUUCUUCAGGGAUAACUUGGAUCGUAAAGUGUGCUGGGCGGACCGGAUGGAGUUCAUAAACGGAUGGUACAUCCUCCUCACCGUCAGCGACAUCUUCACCGUCACCGGCAGCAUCAUCAAAAUCGGCAUUGAGUCCAAGACUAUGUCCUCAUAUGACCUGUGCGGCAUCCUGUUGGGGACCUCCACGCUCUUGGUGUGGGUCGGAGUGAUUCGCUACCUCACAUUCUUCCAGAAGUACAAUAUCCUGAUCGUGACGCUUCGAGCAGCGUUCCCCAACGUGAUCCGGUUCUGCUGCUGCGUGGCCGUCAUCUAUCUGGGCUACUGCUUCUGCGGCUGGAUCGUCCUGGGACCGUACCACGUCAAGUUCCGUUCUCUGUCCAUGGUGUCAGAGUGCCUCUUCUCCCUCAUCAACGGGGACGACAUGUUUGUGACGUUUGCGGAGAUGCAGGAGAGCAGCACUCUGGUGUGGCUGUUCAGCCAAGUCUACCUGUACACCUUCAUCUCCCUCUUCAUCUACAUGGUGCUGUCGCUGUUUAUCGCUCUCAUCACUGGAGCCUACGAGACCAUCAAGCACCAAAUACAAGAACCCAUCCACAUCACAGACCUGCAUGCCUUCAUAGCAGAGUGUAGGGACACACCAAACUCAGGGAAGUUCAGAGGUCUGGAGACCUCGCCAUGCUCCUUCCUCUGCUGCUGUGACAGAACGACGACGUAUGAGGAUGUCCUGCUGGUGAACUGAAGUUGACCUCAGUGACCUCAGAAGCCUCACCAUCCCCCCCUGCUGACCAAAGGGGUACACUGCACGCUCCUGCCGCCCAUCGUCUCUGUACCAACAUGCUGUAUUUGGGUCAAACCUCAUCGUGAGUCACCAUCAGCUGGACCAGCGCUCUGUAGAAGGACUGUGUAACAACAGUCUCCUUAUUGGAUCUCUUGUAUUUCCUUUCAAUGAUGAAGCAAGACAGGACUCGGCAGCCUCAUGGACGACUUACGCACAAACGCUUCUCUGUUCCUCGUUGGUUUUCAAUGUAAAACAGUAACUUUUCUAAUUUAAUGUCGCACGAUGCUGAACCAGGAGCAGAAAGAUGCUACCUGGGCACAGGUGCCAUGAUGAGGACUGGAGGAGAGCAUACAUGGUGCUGACUGUUUUUAUUUUUGUCUGUUUUUUAUUUUUAUUUUAUAGUAUUUCAAAAAAGUUACCUGUUGAGGACAGGGCACUUAUACAGCUCACAAAACAACUUUAAAUUCAAACGAAUCCACAACAGGACAUGUCAAUUCACACAGAAUGAGGUGAGAAUCCACCUUGUUGUAAUCUGUCUUUUUUGAGACAAUCAGGGAGAUGGCUACCUCCAAAAAUGUCAGAAAACAGGACCACAAGCAGAGGUUUCAGGUGUGGAGUUACUUUGUUUUCCUCUCCCGUGAGCUGCACCUUCAGUGUAAAGUUUCAACCUUUAGCUGCGUUGUACUGCACAAGCAUUAUGUUGCCUUUAAAUGUGAAUACUAGUGUACUGCUGUAGCAGACUGUGUGUGAUAUCUAUUGCAUUUAUCUGAGUAACGAUCAAUAUAAUGCCGCUAAUGAAGCACUCAACAUUACCUGCUUAUAGCUGUCCUCCAGACUUGUAAACAUGUCUCUUUAACAGUGUUAAAGUAAGUCAAUGGACUAAGAGAGGUAGAGCUCUGAUGGCAGGACAUAAACUGUAUCUGACCUGUUCUAAGAGAAACAUGACUUGAAUCUGCUGACGGAGUGGAGCAGGGUUUAGUGAAGAUAACAAGAAGACAACUUAAUGAUGCUGGCUCAAACAUAUUUUCAUCUCCGUAAUAAUGUCCUUGUCAUACUGAAUCAUGCUUUUAAGUCAGUUUGUUGUAUUUGUAAUGAUGUCUCUGUCCCAGUGACUGGAACUUCAGUAGACGCUUGAAUCUCGUUUUUUCUUUGUACCGCAUAAAACGCACAAUAUCUAAAAGAAGUUUCACAGAAAACAGUUUCCUACAUUAAGGGGAGACGAUCUCUGGUCCAAGAAGUAACAAGUUAAUAGAUGUGAGGUGACAGUAUUUUUUCAGUCAUCUUAAAUUUUGUCUAAUAAACCAGCAGUGUCACAUUCAAAAUAAAUAGGCUGUUUGGGAUCUAGAUGGCAAACAUGUGCCAAACCUAUCAAAGGCCUUCAUUUUGAAGGACAUGUCAUGCACUUAUAUAUUAUCUAUUAUAACCUAGUACCUGUACCUUUCUACAGUUUGAUGUUUUUGUUAUACAAAGGAUUUGCACUUGAAAAAAAUACAAACUAAAGUAAUCUACUUGGUGUCAUAUGUAUCACCAAUCUAUUGAUUUACGUUUCCCGGAUCAUCUUUGAUAUUAAAACCAAGUUUUGUUUCAUUUUGUAUCAUGCUCUUCACACACAACUUAAAGGGAGAGUUCACCUCAAAUUAAAAAAAAUGGCGCUUUGAGCACCAAUAGUGUCAUAUCGUCCCAUUAUAUUGUAGAGAAGGCAGACGGCCAAUAUUACUUUACGGCCAAUAUCUCAAAAACAAAUGGCCAACUGACUUAUUCAUAAUGAAAAUGGGAAUUAUUUUCGUAAAUUUUGUAAUGUCAAUAAGGUGCCAGCGUGCAUUAAAAAACAACUUCUAAAUAGAUUAAUAGAGCUUCUUUAUCAAAAAUAGUCUCCGACAGAUGGGCGAGCUAAGCUCUUUCAAAUAUAACCAAAGCAUUUACAACUGGAAUGCAGUUGCUUAUAUAAAGUGCAGUAAAAUAUGUGAUUUAUAUAGGCCUACUGUCAAUCUUUGUGCAAAGUAAUUAAUAAACCAUGUUAAUACGUCAGUUAAUUUUAACAUAAAGAAUUUAACAGAACGAUUAACAGAUCAUUUUAUCUGAUAAACAUAAUUAAUGUUUGUUUAAUAACUGUCAUUUUGCAAACGUAUCCCUGACUUAGUCCCUUGACACUUGGUGCAGUUCCUCUUGUUGUCAGAAGAGGGAGUUCAUGUGUCUGGAUACUGAUCCAUGCAACCCUGUACUCAAGAACUACUAGUCUAUUGCUCUACUUUGUUGCCAAGUGAGAAAAAAAAAUCACAUGCAGGUUUUAAAACACACUAUGAUUCUUGUUUUUCACAAUUAAACCCUUCCAUCCGACACAUAGCCAAACACAGCCGUUGUGAACGCCGGGCACGUUUUAGUUGAGACGCUGCAGCACAGACCUCUCAUAGAAAGCAACUCUGAGCUUCUUUUUUUUCUUCUUCCCCAGAACAGUCCUUUAUGAUGACAUCAUUUCCUGGUUAUUGAACUUGGCAGCUGAUGUAGCACAUCGCUGCCUUCUAACCACUUAACCCAACAUCACCAUACACAAUGCACUGCUCUAACAGCGCCUCGGUGGAUCACAAGAGGC